AUGCCCGUCAUUUCGAGGAUCCUCUCAGUGGGCCUUCGUGCCUGCCAGAUCGCUUUCGCCGGAGUCGUCGCUGGCAUCGUCGGGUCUUACCUUCACGACUACCAUGACGGCAAUGGCUGGCCGCUUGCGCGCUUGAUCUACAUCGAAGUCGUCGCCGGGAUCUCUCUUCUACUCGGGUUGCUCUGGUUGCUCCCUUUCUCCGGCGGCUUCUUCCACUGGCCUAUGGACAUCCUCCUCUCCUUUGCCUGGUUUGCCUCCUUUGGCCUCCUGGUUGAAAGGCUGGGCGACUCAACCUGCAACGGAGACACGUUCGACUGGAACCAAAUCAGCUUCCACGGCUUUUGUGGUCGCUACAGAUCUGCCGAGGCCUUCUCGUUCUUGUCCGCCGUCUUCUGGCUCUUGAGUGCGAUUGUUGGUCUCUGGUUCAUUCAUCGCGAUGGCCGCAAGAAGACUACCGUGGUGGCGCCUGCGGGCGAGGGAGCGUAA